CGGACCGAAAUUGUACCAUUUGUGUACUUAAUAUAGUAUAAAAAAUAAUUGCUGAAGGUAUAACUUAUUUAUAAAUUAGUUCAUAUAAUAUAAUAAAAUGUCAAAUGAAUUAUUUUUUUUUUCAUAUGGUGCUUUUUGUCUGGGAGUGGCCUAAUUUGGAAACAUGCUUGGCAGAAUUUGUAUUUGGUAUAAUUACCAUCUAGCUAAUAAUGUAUUUAGAUUAUUUGUAUUAAUUGAAGACUUACCUACUGUUAUUAUAGAGAAACUAUUGAUAGUUGAGAAUCAAUAUUAUUUGGAAAUGGAUCAAGUUCGCAGGCAUCUCCAGAUCAGAUCUCAUCUAUCUCAGAUUGAUAGAGCAGAAGUUACCAGUACUAUACAAAACUAUGUUGGUAUACUUAAUGAGAAUGGAGAUUUAUCCAUGUUUUUACGAAGAGCAGGCCAUCUUAUGGAUGGUUAUUAUCGAAAACAAGUUCGACCGCAACCAUUGGAACAGUAAUUAAUGUGUUUGCCACUAGCCAGUAACUUUUAAUAUGACUUGAAACAAUUUUAUUCAUACCAAUUGUAUACCAUACCAAUUUUAUUUUUAUAUAAUGUUUAUACACAAUUACUUGUAAAUAAUUUAAUGUAUACCUCUUUUAUUGUUAUAACUUUUAUAUGAAAUUACUUAUGAACAAUUUAAUUUAUACAACUUUUAUAAAUAAUGACUUGUAAAUAUUCAAGGCUGUUAACUAUUAUUUUUAACUCAUCAAAUGUGUAGGGGAUACUGAGUAAAUAGUUAUAAGUUACCCUUAUGAAUAUGUAAUAUUAUAACCAUUAAUUUUUUUACUUAUUAUAUUUAUAUUAACAAUUAAAUAUGUACUACUUAGUACCUACUUAUAUAUAUAUAUCAUUGUAUAAGAAAAACGAUUCUGAGCCAGGACAGUCAG